UAUAUUCCUUAACUAGAGAGUAAAAAUGACACUGAUACCAUUGCAUCAGCAAUAGAUCUUUCAUCGUUAUAUUCAGCCAUACAACACGAUUGUGAAGGAGACAAUCUUUCGAAAAUAAUUAUGCAAUUACUGCACAUGUAUCAACCAAAAGAUGGUAUUAAAGCAUAUGAACGUGUGCUAAGAAAAGUCAAAGGUAUACUAGAAGAUUGUGGUUUCCAAAAAAAGCAGUUACUGCUUUCAAUGAUACCUUCUCCAAACAAUAUACCAGAUCACACAAUUAAAGAAGUGUUUCGUACAACCACAGGUUUUAUUAAACUCAAUCUGCAGGAAAAGCGGAUUCAUCGAGUCAUCAUUUAAACGAUAAUCCAAAGAAUUGGCAGGAGAGAAAUAAUAAACAUCAAGUAUCGUCUUAUCGACAAUAUCUGCUUAAUAAGAAAUAUUGUGUACCUGCUAGAAUUAAUUAUAAUACGAUUGGUGAAUCACACUUUUGUCACUCGUCUCAGACGGGAUAUCAGGUCUGUGCAUAAAAAGAGAGAAAUAAAUAAAUAAAGAUGAGUGAAAUAAACUCUAAUGUAACUUACAAGGGAUUAAUAAAUUUUAGGAUACACGCUCUACAAAAAUGUGUAAUAAAACUGAGAUAAAUUUGUGGCAAAAUAAAAUUCCUCAACAAUUUAAUGACGUUAAAUACGAAGAUGCAUUUAAUAAAGAUAAAAAGUCUGGUAUUUCACAUACAAUAAUCGAUGUUGGACAAGAUGCAACAAUGAAGCAGACAAUUAAAAAUGAUAUACAUAAAAUGGAUGUGUGUUGCGACGAAGAUCAGGACAUUAUCAUAAAUGCAGACGAUUUCUUACCAACAGCACGUGAUAGACUUAAAACGAGCUUAAACAAUUUUUUAAAACGAGCGCAAGAAGGAAUUUUCAUCGAAUUGUCGGCCUUUCCACGCAUCAGGUCGCAUCCACAGGUGGGCUCCUUGAAUAUGGUACAUUUCACAUCAAAAGAACUAAAAUCUGGAACACCAUCAAAAGUUUUAGAACAAGAUUUUACAUCUAAUGUCUCAAAUAGCGAUAGCAACAGCUGCUUACUUUUAAAAGAGCAAAAUACAAAUAUUAACACAGAAAAAGAUCAGAAAAAAUUAGCUGGAAGGACAAGACAAAAAGUUAAUACUCAUGAUAAUGGAUUGCAAAAGAAAUGCAACUCUCAUGAAUUUAAUAAAGUAACUGAAUUGCAAUUACAACAAAAUAAUUUAGAUCACAAUACAGAAAAGAAAGCGACUACAUUCGAAUGCAAAGAAAAAAAUAUGCAAGAAUCAGGACAUGGAUGCGAAAUGAUAGAAUCAAAAUCAGAUAAUGUAAAUUCAGAUAACAAUUUUCAAGCUCGCUCAAUGUUUCAACUAGCUGCAUACAAGAAACAAUAUUAUGACACGUUGUUGAGUGUUCAGAGAGCGAAAGGUAACAUAUUCUGUUAAAUAAUCCUUCAGA